GUUUUCGAUUCUAACCUAAAGUAAACUGAACUGUGUCUCUCCAGUCCUGGGGGCGCGCGCAGCGAGGAAAACAACUCUAUUGGACAGAAUUACACGACAUUCAAAUAAACCCAACGCAGUCUUUGGUUGAAGACAUGGAAAAGAAAAAACAUCGCAAUAACAGCUCCCAGGUCUCCCAGAGGUACAAGGGAGAGGAGAAGCCCAAAAAUGAAAACCAGCAGAACGGCAAGGAUGGCUCAAUGCAGGCCAGCUCCUCUGAUCCAUCCACAUCUGGACACAGCUGCAACCAGAACGCAAGUAAGGCAAGCAAACGCGAUGGAGACAGCUGCAACGAGGAUGCAACAAAGUCAAGCAAACACCAUGGAGACAGCUGCAACGAGGAUGCAACAAAGUCAAGCAAACACCAUGGAGACAGCUGCAACGAGGAUGCAACAAAGUCAAGCAAACACCAUGGAGACAGCUGCAACGAGGACGCAACAAAGUCAAGCAAACACCAUGGAGACAGCUGCAACGAGGACGCAAGAAAGGCAAGCAAACACCAUGGAGACAGCUGCAACGAGGAUGCAACAAAGUCAAGCAAACGCGAUGGAGACAGCUGCAACGAGGACGCAAGAAAGGCAAGCAAACACCAUGGAGACAGCUGCAACAAGGACGCAAGAAAGGCAAGCAAACACCAUGGAGACAGCUGCAAUAAGGAUGGAAGUAAAGCGAGCAAACUCGAUGGAGGCAGUGGCAACGAGGUUGGAAGUAAGGCGUCCAAACACAUGCCUGUUUGGGCGCCGUGUGGCGAGGAGCGCAGUGAAGUCGGCUUGUCGUGCUGCCGGCUGGAUGAACUGAAGACGCUUCCACAGUGUGACAUCAAACUGGGAAAACUGCAUUUCUCAAAGACUCACACCGUCCUCGUAGAUGUGAAUUCCUUCAGCUGCAGGGCGAUUGUUCCUCAGGACGGGAGAGACCUGUGGCUCAGUAGCUUUGUUAAGAUGCCGUGUUCACCAUCAAGCAUCUCACCCAAACCAGACACACAGUUUGGUCCCGUUAGAUUCAAGAGUCAAUCUGGCCCAGUGUCGAGGUGGAGCCUGAUCUCCGAGCAGCUGCGUGCUCUGGCCAAGAAGAAAGCAGCAAAAGCCGAAGAGGUGGAGAAAGCCAUCCUCAGAUACAACCCCAGCUAUGAACGUGAGUGGUCUUUUGACGCACUUCCCAGAUACGUGAAGAAUGACAUCGAAAACCUUUACGAGAAGCUGUUUCCGAAGAUUGCUGCUUUGGCCUUGAAGCUGCCUGAUGAAGUCAAGAAGGCCAUCCCUCUGCUGCAGUGCCACCAACCAGCCUCCAUCACUUUGUCCCAGGGUCAGAUUUCCUGUCUCCUCGCCAACGCCUUCUUCUGCACCUUCCCUCACCGCAACACCACCAGGCCCAAUGCAGAAUACCACAACUACCCGUCCAUAAACUUCAGCAGAUUGUUCGGAAGCUGGUCGGAGCGGAAGAGCCAGAAGUUCAAGGCCAUCAUGCACUACUUUAACGUGAUGACAGACGAGAAAUCUAAACCAGAAGGCCUGGUGACGUUCGAGAGGCGGUGGCUCAGCGACGCAGAAGCUCAGACCUGGGGAAAGUGCACACACACCCUACACAAGCUGCAUGUUACAUCAGAGGGCCGGAUCGAGGCCGAAGGUGCACAGUUGCUUCAGGUGGACUUUGCUGCCAGCAAGAUAGGGGGAGGUGUCCUGGACUCCGGCCUGGUUCAGGAAGAGAUCCUGUUCCUGAUGAACCCGGAGCUAAUCGUAGCUCGUCUCUUCACAGAGAAACUUGACAAGGAUGAGUGUCUCAUCAUUACAGGUACGCAGCAGUUCAGCUGUUACUCUGGUUUCAGUGACAGCUUUCAGUGGUUGGGCCCUUAUGAUGAUCACCUCGGAAGAGACGAGUGGCGUCGGCUGAAGCGGCAGAUUCUGGCCAUCGAUGCCUGUCACUUCAGACAACCCAUGGAUCAGUACAACAUGGAGAAAGUCAAACGGGAACUGAACAAGGCUUACUGUGGGUUCAAAGGUCACCAUGGUCAUGAAGAGCCAGACAUCGCCACAGGAAAGUGGGGCUGUGGAGCCUUCAAUGGAGACCCAGAACUCAAAGCUGUGAUCCAGCUGAUGGCAGCAGCCAAGGCCAGGAGGGGUUUGGCCUUCUUCACGUUUGGAGACCACGAUCUGUGCAGAAGGCUGCAGCAGACGUACCACCUGCUGGUCACACAGAAGAUGACAGUCGGCCAGCUGUACAGACAUCUGGACAAGUACUGUUCUCUACGUAACAAACCCAAUUUCCAUGAGGGUUUGUUUGACUACCUGAGAAAAACCCAGAGUCAGCUCUGAGGCGGCCUGCUCUAUGUGCAUCAAACUGAAGGAAUUAGUUUAUAAUGAAGAAAACAAUACUUCUGAAAUAUGCUUUUUGCACAUUUUGACACUGUGAUUGAGAACAAACGGUAACGCAUCAGGGCGUUAAGCCAGACUAAAAUGAUUAACCAAUCAAAUUACAUUCACGGUUCUUAGAAGCUGCCAGAGCCAAACAUCCCGUCACUGAAUGUUUGCUCCUGAUACAUGGAGCUUAGUUUUUAGUUCUAUUUGUGUUAAACAGUGAGGGUUCUGUAGUAUUAUCUUAUCAUAUACAGAUAUUUCUGGAUUUGAGAAUUUGCAGAAUGAGCCGAACUAGAAUCAUUUUUUUUGUGUUCUAAUGAGUUUUCUCUAAUUCUACUCGCUGUCUGGAUUACACUACAGCUUUCGUUUACAGUACAUUAGUUUGGCUUUCUCAGUGAAAUAAUUAAACAUAUAGUUAUUGCUCAACAGCACUGAUAGAAAUCCUUUAUUUUGGUUCAAAACAUUAAAACAGGCAGCACCAAACGAAAAUAAAUACAUGCUUUAAUUCAGAGGUUGUGUGUUUACUGACACAUCUGCAUCAAUUCUGUGACGUUUCCAUAGAGACAGGCUGUAAUGUGGUACAAGCAGACCUUAAAGAGUGAUGUUUUGGACUGGAGGAAAAAAAGUAUCAAUGAUCUAUACAUGUGACAGAUCUGUUAGAUUUGCAGAAGCGUCUUCAGCUCCUAAGCUUGACUUUGUAACUCAGAGGCCGCUUGAGAUGUUGAACUUCUAAUAAAACUUUUUUUUUUUAAACAAAAAUUAUUCUGCUAUAUUGGCUCAAUGUGUCAAACAAUCGCUGAUGCAUUUCUAUCCAGAAACCCUCACCUCAUAGUCAGCUGUAUGCAUGGAGCAGCUGUAGAUCUUCCCAUCAACGUUUGAUGAUAUUAACUAAAAACAUUUUUCAAAUAAAAAUGGGAAAAAAAUGAUCUGACUGCUUUUAUCCAUAACAAAACAGCAACAAAAUAUAGCAAUUAAAAUGAUAUAUAAAUAUUAAUUAAUAGUGUUACCUAGAACAUGUAUUUGAUAUUUUGAUCCAUGACAGAUAAACCAUGUAUGGGUUUCUUUAAGCUAAACCAGAUAUUUAGAACUUUAAGGGUUCAGUCGUACUGUUUCACAAGUGGUGAGAUGAAAUUCAACCUUUGCUGUUGACAUGAGCAGAUCAUUUUAACAGCUUCUUUAAAGGACAUGAACAGAUUAGCUGAAGACAAACUGGAAAAUGAAAAAGUGGCAGUUUUAGUUUUUUUUUUAAAUAAGUGAACUUAUUGUGCAAAAUGUCAUCAUUUCUUUGCCAUUCUGGAGCCUACUGAGGAGAUGUUAGCUUGCUAACAUGUAGCUGGCUGCUGCAUAGAUGUGGAGUUUGCAAGGUGAACUUUAAACAGCUUUUACUCAGCAAGAGGAAAACAAAAACACUGACAGCACAGCAACAGGUGAGGGAGGGGGAAGUACAGUUGAAUACCAGUCAUUUGACAUUUCAUUAAAAGACUUUAAGUUGCUUUGUGGCUUUGAAACAGUAAAAGUUUAAAUCCUGUAAUCUUGAUUCCAAAAUCCAGUUAAAGGGUCGGUGUUAUAAAUCUUCCAGGCAAAUAGGGUCAUUUUAUAGCGCAAUCAGGUAACUAUGUUACCUUCAGUGGUUAUAAAAAUGUGAAAUCAAAUAUGACAAUAAAAAAUUUCACUUUGUAAUACAACACCUCGAAGUUGGGCCUCUGUCUCUUUAAAAGCUCCUGCUUUUUCUGAGACUACAUCACUUUCCAUAAUGCUGUCCCUUAAAUGCUUAGUUGGCAAUUUUUCAAAGUUAUUGAGUAUAAAUCAGUUCUCUCUGUCCAGCAUCUCUAAGACUUCUAAAAAAAAAA